CUAGUGUUUGUAAACAGUGGACAGUUGAUCAGUCGUGUUGUUGGAAAUAAUUUUCGAGAGUGUAAAUGAACGUUACCAUUAUUUACUAAUGCAGCAUCGAGCAACUGCCAAAUGUCUGUUUGACAGGCAAAAUUAACACGCAAUUUUAGUAAUUCAAUUUUUUUAAUUGCUCAAAAAAUCGGAGUGAAUUUUCUUGAAAUGGAGCAUACUGGUUUUACAGAAAAAACAGUCAAAAUGGACAUUGAAGAAACUUGUAAGAAACUGGAUUUGCUUUGCAUAGAGGAACUGGAAAUAAUGGAAGAAUAUAUUCGUUGCAAGGUUGAAUUGGAAAAGCUAAUGAAAGCUGGUUUCCUGAAUAUCGCCAAAGCUCGUUAUAUAAUGGGAAAAACUUCUGUUUCAUCAUUGCAACUGCCUUCAGAAGAUGCUUCAGAUGUCACUGCACUAUGUAAGGUCGUUUUAGACAAGAAAAGUUCAGCUGAAGAUAGGGAGUUUCAGCUCAUGUUAGAUUUCAAAGAUCAAGGCAAACAAGUGGAUGAUGUGACUCCCGCUCCCCGGAAGAGAAACAUCACUGAUGAGAACAAACUAAUGGAGGAGAAACCUGAUUCCAAAUUUAAGACUCAAGAUUCUGAUCCUCUUAGGUGGUUUGGUGUUUUAGUGCCACAGAAUUUACGGCAAGCACAAACUAACUUUCAGUCUGCCCUACCAUUGGUUAUUGAAUGUGCUAACCUUCAGCUGAAGUUGUUAGAUUCCUAUGACAAACACAAAAAAGCUCUAAGGAGGAAAAAGGAUAUUUCUACAACAUGAUAAUGAAUUUUUUGGCACUAUAGUGAAUUAUGUACAUCUUAUGAAAUGAGCUGCCAACUUAUGUAUGCAUUCCACAUAAUCUUUGUGUUACUAAUAAAUAAGUGCAUGAAGCAUUAUUGAACAAAUUAUAUGUGGAGUUGGUGGUGGUGGUGGUGGUAAAGGUGUAAACAACGAGCUGUGUAUUUUCUACCUUGAUAAUUUUGUUGUUGUAAUUGUUUCAUUUUUAUGUUACUUUAAAGUUAAAAAAUGCAAACAUUGUAAGUAAAUAUACGUAAAUGUGUUGGAGCGAACUUGCAAUGCCAGAGUCAAAUUUGAACACAAAACUAUGGCUAAGAAUAAGAACAACAUCCUUCUGUGAGUUAUUGAAACUGAAAUGAAUAGACCAGGGCUGUUUCAAAGAUCUUGAACAUUGAGCUGUUUGAGCAAGGUUUUUGUCUUGAUGAGCUAUCAGAGAGGAGCACCAUUCAGAUUGGCAGAACCAAAACGGGACAAGAUGUGCGAUGUAAGUUGAAAGCAAUAGACAUGGUAUUCAGCCUAAUUACAAUUUGACAUAUAAAAUGGUGUGGUCUUUUGCAAUUUCCAGUCUAGGUUAUACAUGAAAUUAAUGACAUUUAAAAUAAUGUUACUUUAUCCACUAUAAUGAGCUAUAUACAUUAUAUUAUUGUAUUCACCAAAAUUUUAUCUGCAAUGAGA